GCUCGACCAUCGCGACUUCCCGACUCCCCAGCCUCGAGCAUGUCUAUCGCCGCCCUCUCGUGCUGAUCGGCUGCCGUCACUCGUACAUAGCCGCACGCAGCACGCAGCACCCACAGCAGUCUUAUCUCGCCAUCGCCUGUCAGCCAUGAGGGACUCGUUCGCUUCCCUGCUGGCGUCGCGGGCCGGCAAGCUUGCCCUCUCGCUGCUCGUCGCAUCUCCAGUCACAUCUGCUAUUCAAUUUACCCCCGUCCCAUCCCCAAAUCUUAAUAUCAACAGCCUGGGCCGCGUUGCCUUCGCUGGCGACUUCGACUCGAUAUCGCUGUACAAGUAUGUGGGCCAGAGCGAGCAGUCGCUUGGCCGUAAUGGCGGCCUCCUGUCGCGAUAUCCCGAUGGCGUCUUCGCCACUCUCAACCAGACCGACGGCGACGUCAAGGCCAUGUGCGCCCUCCAGGUCAACGGCGCCGAACGCAUCGUUUUUGCCGGCAACUUUACCAGCGUGGGUGACAUGCGUGUACCUGGAGGCGUGGCCCUGCUCGACCCCGUAGCCGGAAGCAUAGAAGCAAUGGAGGGGCUCAACGGAUCUGUCAACGCGCUCUACUGCGACAGGGAUGCAGGCCAAGUCUACGUCGGCGGACUGUUCGAGGGCAGCAACUCGACCAAUGCCAUCAUCUGGAAGGACGGCUGGGUGGACCUGACAUUUGCUGGCUUCAACGGUAUCGUCCAAUCGAUAGUCGCCGCACCAAACGGGAACAUAGUCUUCGCCGGCGAAUUCAACGGUCUCAACGGCAUCGCGACAACUAAUUUGGAGAACAGCACCCAGGUCAUUCCUAUCAGCAAUGCAGACAUCUCCGCCCAAACUAGCUCUGGACUUCCCGGUUUCACUGAUCCUCAAGACAUCACAUGCAAGAGCGACUUCUCCGCACAAGGCUCCGGCGAGACGUGGCUCCUCGCCGACAAAUCCACCGGCUUCUGGAAGGCCGAGUUUGGCUUUGGCUUCCUACCGACCAGUUUGAAACUGUGGAACACAGACUACGAAGGUCGUGGCACCAAGACCUGGCGAUACACGGCGCUUCCAGACGGCGGCAUCAUGAACUUUUCCUACGUCGACCCUUCGAACGGACAGAAGGCGUACUGCGACGCUAGAUGUCCCUUGCCCGAGGGCAACACUACAGCCCAGGACUUUACAUUUGUCAAUGUUGUAGGAAUGAACGCAUUCAAGAUUGACAUCUCUGAUUGGUACGGUGAUGGUGCUGGGUUGAACGGCAUCCAACUCUUCCAAGAAGACAUGUAUGCGUACGCCAUUGACGACUUCAACGAGCCGAAGAACUGUGCCACCGGCACAACAGGAUCCUCGUCAACAAACACCGGUUCUUGGGUGACUACUCCGUCACACGACAGUUCCUCCGAGUAUCUCACAGCAGUUGUGCAAGGUAGCCCCGUGGACACUAAUGCGGCCAUCGCUACGUUUUUUCCGGAUAUCAAACAAUCGGGCAACUAUUCAGUCACCCUCUACACACCCGGGUGUCGGGGCGACGGAACUUGUGGAAGCCGCGGCCGAGUCAAUGUUACAGCAAUCAUGGCCAAGGAUGAGACAACAGCAGAAAGUGUAGUCCUAUUCCAGACAAACGACUACGACAAAUACGACGAGGUCUACAAUGGCUACGUUGACGCAACCGACGGUUUCCGCCCGCAAAUUGUCUUGCAGCCUGCAGAAGGACAGGGCCCGACACCCCUUACAAUUGUGGCACAAAGAGUGCGUUUCUCACCACUCACAGCUACGUCUGGGAAUGUCAAUGGUCUCUUCGAACACAAGCCGGGCCAGCAACUGAACGAAAUCGACCUUUCCGACUCUGUCAUCAACGCCGCCGGUGCUAGUUUGGACCCGCAAGAACGAGCUGUUGUCACUAGUGUCGCUGCGGACGAUACCAACCUCUAUGUCGGCGGGAACUUCUCGACCGAUAAUGGACGAAACAACAUCUUCCUCAUUCGCAAAGACGCCAACGAACCAACGGCUCUUCCAGGAAAUGGACUGGACAGACAGGUCAUGACUAUGUUCCACAACGACAGCAUGCUUUAUGUCGGUGGUAACUUCACUAACACUGCUGACGGCGACGCGGAGGGACUGAACGGCGUCGCUGCUCUGGUCAACAACAAGUGGCAACCCCUCGGGGCUGGUGUCAAUGGCGUAGUCAUGUUCCUUGUGCCGUUCUCGCUCAACCUCACCGCCAACAGCCCAGAGCAGGUUCUCGCUGUCAGCGGUUUCUUCACCAGUGUCAACGCAUUCGGUAAUCACACUGCUACUGCUGUGGACAACCUUGCAAUCUGGGUUCCUUCUCGAGGCAACUGGCUGCACAAUCUGGGAUCUGGGUCACUUGCUAUGCAGGGCCGAUUGAUGACUUUUGCCGAUAUUCCGGGAGGUGAACGAUGGUUCGGCGGUUCGAUCUCAUCUGGAUCCCUCAGUGCAAGUGGUACUGCAGAGUUGCGCAGCCAAAACGACAAUCUAUCGCUCGGUGCUUUCCCUAUCGAUAUCGAAACCCAGCAGCAACAGGCUUCUCUUCGCAAACGGGCCAUCACAGCAACACAGGACCUGACCACUACUGGGGUUCAAACAGGUACAUUCUACAAGGAAAACGGAAUGAACAAGACCAUCCUUGCGGGACAUUUCGCGUCGACCGAUUCAAACGGACAGAACAUUACGAACGUUUUAAUCAUCGACGGCAACGAUUCUGACAAGAUUUCGGGGUUCAGUGAUGAGGUGGACGCAAACUCUACCUUUGCAGUUGUUACUGUGUACGAUAACAUCCUCUAUGCUGGCGGCGUGGUGACUGGACAGAUCGACGACAACCUCGUAGCAGGCAUUGUGGCUUACGAUCUCUCCGCUAGCAAGUUUGCUGACAUUCAGCCACCCCGACUCCAAGGACAGAACGUCACCGUCAACGCCAUUGCACUCAGGCCAAAAUCUAAGGACGUAUAUGUGGCUGGUCAGUUUCAGUCCGCUGGCGCUUUGAGCUGCGCCGCUGUCUGUGUUUGGAACACCGAACGCAACCAGUGGACGAGCCCAAGCAACGAACUUUCCGGUGAUGUUACUUCCCUUAUAUGGACUUCGGACACCACAUUACUCAUCGCGGGCAAUAUGACAUCUGGCGAAAAUACAACAAGGAUCCUUUCGUUCGAUUCGUCUAGCAACAAAUUUGCAAUGUUUCCUGGGGCAAACGAUCUUCCUGGACCCAUCACUGCCCUGACGGUGGCUAACAGUGACGGCGACGAGCUGUGGGCGUCUGGUCAGAGCAGCGACGGUACCGUGUACCUCCAACGGUUCGACGGCAGCAAGUGGAAGCCCGUUGACAGUGCACUCUUUGGUCAAGGCUCAGACAUCCGUGGCCUCCAGGCUGUCACCUUAUCGAAAAGCCAUGGCCAGUCCGACUUGAUUGAUCAAGAUCAGGAUCUUCUGCUUAUGGGGCAAAUCAACAUAACUGGUUUCGGUACUGCGUCUGGCGCUCUUUUCAACGGCACUGCUCUGAUUCCUUUCCUCCUUGCUACAACAUCAGGCAACACCGAGGGCAGCCUGUCCUCAGUCUUUGUGGAAAACCCCAACUCUUUCUUCAAGAAGUCUAAGAAACAUCUUGGACUUUGGGCCGUUGUACUAAUUGGUCUUGCCAUCGCACUAGCACUCACUUGUCUCCUCAUCGCCGCUGGCUUCGCCCUUGAACUCUACCGUAAGAAGGCUAAGGGCUACUCACCGGCCCCGCAAUUUUACCCCGAUCGGCUUGGUCAGGUCGGUCGUCUGCCGCCUGAGCAACUCUUCGGCACUCUGUCAGGGCCGCGGGCGCCAGCGAUAUAGGCAUGAGAAGCGCGGAUGCAACCGCAAGAGUUUUCCCCAUAGACACAACAGAACCAGCCUGCCGUCACUAUUGAUUUUUCGCGUCCUAAUAUGGGUAUCACAAUUCCGCGUCCACAGUUUCUGUCCCCGGGAGGAAGUUUAGC